UAUUGACUUCUACAUUUCACCUACUUCUCCAAAAGCUUUGAAAGUGUCAAAGUGGAAGGCUAAGUACGGAAAAUGGGAAAUGUUGACUUUGAAUGAAAAUGUUUUCAUCAAGAUUGUUGUUAACUACGAUCACCACAGCUCUUGGAUGAUCUUUUUCAAGGAAGAAUACGAUGCUGAAUAUGAAGAGGAAGUCGACAAGCCUAUUUUGCUUUUGGAGAUGAAUUCUGAGACUGACAUCAGCCAGUCUUCAGCUCUCGACGUUCAAAUUUCUGCCAAAAAUAGUAUCACAAAUGAAGUUCUUUUGGUAAUGGUUAGAUGUUCUACCAACAAUUUGGCUCAAGCUAUUGUCUCCAAUGUUAGUAACAUAAAAGGAGCUUUAGCACCAAAGAAGUUGAAACUGAAAGCUUCCUACGGAUCUUCCAUUGGCGGAUCAAAGCAAACUAUCGCUUCAUCUGUUAUGGAAAACAAUAGAGGUGUCACCAGCAAAUCGUCUACUGUCACCAGCUUUGACUCUUCUGUUCGUGGUGACGACAACAACAAAACCUAUGGCAAUUCCCAGUUAACUAGAGAUCUUUCUAUGGCUUCUAUUAGCUCAGAGGAUAUCACUAAUGCUGCAAUUAUGUCCAAUCCAGAGAAUGGCAGAUUACUUUUGCUUACUAACAUGAAGAUUAGAUUGCAAAAGCUGUUGGGAGGAUAUGAGCAGGUGAACAAUCCUUCAUCUUGGAAGAUUUUGUCCAUGUUCUCCUUGAGCAUAUAUGGUAUUUCCGAUACGUUCACCGACAAAAACUACUUCAGUAUUGUGUUGGAAAGAAAUGGGAAUCUCAAUGAAGAUGGCGAGGAAUAUAGUUGGUUGAUCUGUGAAGAUGAAGUGCUCGACAGGAUCGAGAGAAUUGGAAAAGCUGGUUUGUUGGUCAAAGUUUCUGAUGAUGACUUGUUCAUGAUUGAAUGUAAGGGUAAGAAAGAGCUAAAGCAGCUUUAUGAAGUGUUUUAAUUUAUGUGUAUAUAACGAGUUUACUUCGAGAUUAAUUUUAAAAUAGAUAUUUAAUGGUAAAAUAGUUUCAAUUAAUUCGCAGCCACCACAAACAGCAUCCGUAAACACAAAUGCAGUUUUUCAUCAUUUUUAUUUACUUGCUGUUGGGAGUGGUUUUGGCAUCUAAAAGAUCGGGCUCUUCCUCUCCCAAGGAUAUUUCCACCAUUAAAGUCAUUGGAAACAAGUUUGUCAACGAAAAAGGGUACCAAUUUUACAUCAAGGGUAUUGCGUACCAAAAACUGAGGGAACAAGGUGAUAACUUUCAAAUUUCAGAUGGAGUAGGAUAUAUUGAUCCAUUAGCAAACUCCCAAACCUGUCUUCGAGACUUGGAGUACUUGGAAAAGCUUAACAUCAACGUUGUUAGAGUGUACCAUAUUGAUCCUAACAAAAACCACGAUGCUUGUAUGAACGCAUUUGCAACCAAAGGCAUUUAUGUUUUAUGUGACUUGCCAGAACCAGAAACUUCCAUCAACCGCAACAACCCGGCUUGGGACAUUGAUCUUUACGACCGGUAUUCGGCGGUGAUUGACUCGAUGCACAAUUAUAAGAAUGUGUUGGGGUUCAUUGCAGGAAAUGAAGUCACAAACACAAUUGCAAACGUAGAUGCAUCCCCUUUUGUGAAAGCAGCCAUCCGGGAUGCAAAGAAGUACAUCCACAGUAAGGGUUACAGAAAGAUCCCUGUUGGAUAUACUGCUAAUGACGACUCAAGAAUUCGAACUGACCUUUCCAACUACUUUGUGUGUGGUGAUGAGGAAUGGGCCAAAGCCGAUUUCUUCGGUUUGAACAUGUACGAGUGGUGUGGAUACUCCACUUAUACUACUUCCGGAUAUAGAGACAGGACCCUCGAGUACCUCAAUUUCCAAACCCCAAUUUUUUUCAGUGAAUUUGGCUGCAACACCAUUAAUCCCAGACCAUUUACAGAAAUAGAAGCACUUUAUGGGUUGACCAUGAGCAAAGUGUGGUCUGGAGGGAUCGCAUAUGAGUACUUUCAACACGAAAGAAACUACGGAGUGGUGCAGGAAAACCCAGACGGGUCAGUGACUGCUUUGGAAGACUUUUACACCUUAAGUAUGAGGUUCGGUACCAACAGUCCGAAGAUUAUAAAAGUCACCAACGAAACCACUCCUAUCAAUUCAGAAUGUCUACAAAGCAAGUACUGGCAUGGUUCAGAAAAAUUACCCCAAACCCCUGAUAGAGGCAAAUGUGAGUGUUUGCAGUCCACUUUAUCUUGCAUUAUGACACCAUUUCAAGAGGUGAAAGAACAGGAAUUGCUCAACGAAGUAUGUACCAAGGUGGACUGUUCCGAGAUUACUGCAAAUGGAGAACUAGGUAAGUAUGGAGCUCUCUCAGAUUGUAGUUUGAAUCAGAGAGUGUCUUUUUCACUCAACAAGUUCUACAAACAGAAUGGCAGUAAAGAACUGGAAUGUUCUUUCGACAAACGGGCAGUUUUGGUGUCAAACAAUGACCAAUAUGAUAUUAAGACCAUCACCGUGAGAGAUGGUAGAACUUGUGAAGAAGCCCUAGAAGGUGUUAAAGAUUUGACUAAUCCUAACAAAGACAUCUACGAAAAACACUUAAAAGAGAUGCCCAAUGGGGAGUUUGGAUUUUCCAAAGAACCAGGCAACCACACGGAUACCACGAGUUCCAAUGGUUCAAGCGGGAAUAGUAUUGGACAUUUGGUUGCGCUGAUCAUGUUGUUUUUAGUUCUCAAGUAUUUUAUUUGA